AUGGAUUCAAUAUUCAAAAUUGGUGAAGAACCAGCAUACUUUUACAUCGAUAAGAACGAUGAAAAUUAUAGUUUAUGUUCCAAUUUGAUUGAUAGCAAUGGAGGAAGAUGUGUUGAUACUCUUCCCAGUGAAAACAAUUCUGUGAUUUUGCUUUCCACUAGACCUUUAGCUCAAAAUAGUUAUAAUAUCAAAAUCAUUACAGAUAGUAUUAAUAGAGGUAGAUUCUUACCAUUACCACAAUAUAUCAAUUCUAAUGCACUGAUAGAAGACGAGCAAGGACCCCAAAGAAAAAGACAGAAAACUGUUAAAAAAACCAGUAUCAAAUAUACAAAAGAACAAGAUGAUUUCAUCAUUGAAGAGGUAAGAAAGAACCCCUUAUUGAGAGGAAGUCAAGGAUUUUACCAAGGAUUGGCAAAAGCUAAAGAAUUGAUGCCUCAUCCACCAAAUCUGAUCAGAUCAAGAUUCAGAAAUUUCUUAAAGGAUAGAUUGGAAUAUAUCUAUAAAGUUGAUACUAAUGGAGAAUUGGCUACUGAUGGUCAUGGUAACUUAAUUAAAGUAGGUUUGGAAGAUUUACCCGAUAAGAAAACCAAGUUCACCGCUACGGAUGAUUAUCUUUUAUGUACUAAAGCUUUAGAAUGGGCUAAUGAAAGAAAAGCUGAAAAUCCUGAUUUACCUAUUAAUUUUCAAGAUCCAAAACCUCCAGUUUCAUUUUUCAAAGAUAAUUUAGCGGCAUUUACUAAUCAUUCGGAUAAAAGUUGGAGAGAUCGUUAUAGAAAAUUUGCUUCUAAGAAAGGUAUUCAAAAUUAUAUUGCUGAAUAUGAUAGAGCUAAAGCUUCAGGAUUGAUACCUCAACCAAUGAGAAAUAUGACUAGAAGAUAUGUCAAGGCUGAAAGUACCGAUAAGAAGCAAUUAGAAGAUUUGAAGCAAACUAUAGGAUCUAUGGCUGCUAUUAAACCUCCAAGAUUAGCUGAAGUCGAUGAUGACAUUGAUGAUAGUCCUGAUUCCAAUUUACUCCAAAAUAAUCAAUCUAUUCAUCAGUUUGCUGAUAUACCUAUUGAUUCACAAUUGAUAACGGAUUCUCAGUUAGACAUUGGUAUCGAUUAUGUUCCUAAAGGAGUCAGACUUGAAGAAUUGAUCGAUAAUAAAAUCUUUGAUGGUACUUCAGAAGAAUUAUUAGAAUCAUUAGAUGAAGUUUGCAGCCAAGAAAGUAUCUCCAUACCUUCAAUCUUCAACAGAUUCAACGAAAUUGGUCUCAAGUAUAAAUUAACUUCUCAUAUAAUUAAAGCUACCAGUGGUGACUUAUCUAAAAUCAAGUUAUACAACCGUUGUUGGAUCUCCAAAACUGAAAAAGACAAAGAUGAAAUGGAAAAUCCCUAUAAUUUAUUUAAUAUUUAUGACGUACCAGGGAUUUGGAAUCUCGAAUAUGAUCGUUUAUUGAAUAACGACACCAAACUUUUAGCUCAACUUCAUGGGUCUGAAUUAAUAAAAGCAAGAAUCGAAUUCUUGCAAAACCUCGACCAACUCGAAGCUGAAUGA